AAAACGGGUUGGCCGGAAAACCUACUCAUCACGUUCACACGCACAAAAAAAAAAGAAAGAAAAGAAGCGAACGAUAUUCACGAUCAUCAACGGAUAGUCAACUUACACCAGCGUCAUCCACAGCUACCAUCAGGCACCCCGCCCUUGUCUUUGUCUUUCUGAAGGCACGCCGCCCUUCUCACCAAAUCUCUCCAGUCCAGCUCCAGCACACGGAGAUUGACGGAAACUCUGCCAUUUGCUAACGUAUCACGUUUUGGCAUGCGUUUUCCACGAGACAGGGGGAGACCUUCUCAAUCUCAGCUAGCCAACCACCACGCAAACGGUUAUUUGAUGGGCUGACUCCACAUAUAUGGACGUGCUACCAGAGAACUGAAAAAACAAACACAGGCAGUUAGUGAUUUGAUGGGCAACCGACUCCAUCAGAACUCAGAAGCAAUAUAAUCCACAAUCCCGCAUCCAUGUCCAGGCUCCACCACCACCAUCUUCUCCAACUGAUGUGCUCGCUGCUAAUCUCCGCGGAACUGGUAAGCGGGACCACCGGCGGCGACGACAUGGCGGUGCUCAUCCAGCUCAAGGCCUUCCUGCGGGCGCACAACCAGAUAAACCGGGGCGCGUACGACGGAUGGCCGGAGGCCUCGCCGUCGCCGUGCGGCAGCUGGCGGGGGGUCGGGUGCGACGCGGACGGCCGCGUGAGCUCCCUCGACCUCUCCAGCUCCAGCAUAUCGGGCCCGCUCUUCGGCAACUUCUCGGGGCUCAGCGGCCUCGUCCGCCUGGACCUCUCCGACAACUCCAUCGCCGGCGAGCUCCCGGCUGACCUCGACAGGUGCGUGGGGCUGCAACACCUCAACCUCUCGUACAACCUCAUAUCCGGAGCCCUUGGCGUGCCCAGCCUGACAAAGCUGAGGACGUUAGACGUGUCGCGGAACCGGCUCGAGGGCGAAGUCGUCGUCGUCAGCGGGAACUUCAACUUCCUCGGAGCAUGUGACGACCUCGUCGUGCUCAACGUCUCCGGCAACAGCCUCGGAGGCGACAUCGCCGGCUUGCUCGGUAACUGCCCGCGGCUUCGGUACGUGGAUCUCAGCAUGAACGGCUUCACUGGCCGGGUCACGCAGGGCAUCGCGAGCCUAGCUCAGUUCAGUGCUGCCGAGAAUCGGCUGUCCGGGACCGUUCCUCCUGGCGUGUUCCCAGAGCGGUGUGGGCUGCAGUCCCUGGACCUCUCCGGCAACCGUUUGUCUGGCAGCUUUCCUGAUUCCGUGUCCAACUGCCCCGGCUUGACGUACCUGUCGCUGUCGGGGAACGGUUUCGGCGGGCAGAUACCGGCAGGGGUUGGAGCCAUCCCUGGGCUUGAGACACUGAUCCUGGGGAGCAACAGCUUCGACCGCGAGAUGCCACUUAGCCUGACGAACUGUACUGCGCUCAGGUAUCUGGACAUCAGUGGCAACGGUUUUGGUGGGGAGGUGCAAGGAUUGUUUGCCAAGUUAGAAAGCCUGACGCACCUCAUACUUCACUCGAACAGCUAUACUGGUGGAAUCGUGUCCUCUGGCAUUCUUGGGCUGCCUAAGCUCGCCAUGCUCGAUCUCAGCCUCAACCGGUUCUCCGGAAAGCUGCCCACGGAGGUCACAAGCAUGGCAAGCAUCAAGUACCUCGUGCUGGCCGAGAACACCUUCUCCGGGCAGAUCCCCGCGGCGUAUGGACAGAUCGCGCAGCUACAGGUAUUGGACCUGUCAUACAACAACCUGACUGGUGGUAUCCCUGCAGAUGUCGGUAGCCUCUCCUCGCUUCUCGUGUUGAUGCUCGCUGGAAACCAGCUCUCUGGAGAGAUCCCAAAGGAAAUAGGGAACUGUACCAGCUUGCUGUGGCUCAACCUUGCGGCGAACAGGCUAUCUGGCCAGAUCCCCCCGGAGAUAGCGGGUGUCGGGAGAGACCCUAGUCCAACAUUUGCUAGGAACCAAAAGGAUGCUGCAGAACUGGAGAUUGGCACCGGGAAGUGUCCCUCUGUGGUGCGGUGGAUUCCCCUUGGUUACCCAGGGUUCAACUACGUCGAAUCGGAGAUGUCUUGGAAGGACUGCCGGAGCCUGGAGGACCGGAUCUUGAAGGGCUAUGGUAUCGUUACACCGCCUUCUGUCCAGCCAUGUAUCAUCCUGGGUUAUGUUAGGCUGUCAGGGAACCUGUUGUCAGGACAAAUACCACCCAUGGUUUCUGCAAUGAGGAACUUCAACCUCCUCAUCCUUGAUGAAAACUUGCUCUCCGGUGUCCUGCCGUCAGAGAUCAGCCAGAUGUCACUCGUCGCGCUUAACGUCUCUAGGAACAUGAUUUCUGGUGAGAUUCCAACCGAGAUUGGUCGGAUGGUACUCCUUGAGACCCUCGACUUGUCUUUCAACAACUUCUCUGACCAACUUCCGUCUAGCCUGAACCAGCUCUAUAAACUCAGCAAGUUCAACGUUUCCUACAAUCCACUUCUCUCCGGCAAUGUUCCAUCUACUGGCCAGCUCUCCACCUUCAACGAGCAAUCGUUUCUUGGAAACCCUCUCCUGUCUUUACACUUCGCUAACUAUGGGCCCCGUUCAGAAUCAAACAAUGAAGACGCCUCAACACAAGGUACAGCAAAGGGCCCUGUUAGAGAAGAGAUAACGGUGCUCGUCAUUUCAUUUGUUGUCUUUUUCUUUGCCACAGUUGCUAUCAGAGAACAUGACAGCUUCAUGUAUGUGUACUAUACCAUAAAAUGCAGACAUGACAGUACGAAGAUUUAUGCGGAAUUGUAACCCUUGAGCUUUGUAACAUUCAGUUAAUAGAGUAGUAGAAUAGUGUCACUGCCAAUGUGGUUGAUAUGUUCAAGUGUUACAUAUCCGGCCACAUUGCAUUGCAGAAUUUUAAAGUGUUUUUUUACAUCUGUAUCCUUAGUUUGGACACACUACUCAUUUUUACCCAUA